GGCAACGCCGGCAGCACCGGACCCGCUAUGGCAGGCGGCGGCGCGACCCCCGCCGGCUCCCCCCCGGCCCUGGAGCCGUCUCCACGCCGCGGCCGCGCGGUGCAGCCGCGACCACCACCGGAACGGCCCCCGGAGCCGUGGCCGCGGAGCUGGGCGAGCCCCAAGAAGGAAUCGGUGCAUCGGAUCCAGGGACGGAUCGGUACGGCACCGGGACACCGGGCGGGGGGCACGGCUGCGUGUCACGGGUGGGGGGGAGGAGUCGGCGGCCCGAGCUCGGGGGCAGCGGGACACGGCAGUGGGGGAGGGGCGGGGGGGGCCUGGCUGCGGCCGCACCGCGCCGAGCCGCUACCCCCUCCCCCCGCAGAGUGCCCGCACAGCGCUGCCACCAACGGCGGUUACUCCCGGAAGGAGAACGGCGGCUUCUUCUGCCCGUAGGACCCCGCAAUAAAGAGCGGAGCGGAGCCGGGCUGAGUGCGCGGCCGCGUGGUUGGGGGCGGCGGGCGGAUCAGAAUCGCCUGCGCUCAGGGGCCGGCCGGGGCCAGGCCUCGCCUAUCUGAUCGACUCAUCCCGCCCGCCCGCCGCACAGCGCCCGCGGCUUCGCGGCUCCGUUCUUCUCAUCUCGGCCGGGGGCCGAUCGAAUAAGAUCAAUGUGUAGGGAGAGGGCGGCACGCGCUCACACCGCUCACACCACGCAUACAAACGCACGCACGCACACACACAAUUCCCAUCCACCCGCACAGCGCUGCAACCACUCUCCGCUCGUUCCGUCCCGUCGCGCCCUUU